AUGGGUAAUUUCGAUCUGGAGAUGCAGAGUCCCGCCCGGGACCCGCACCGCCUCCGGCGCACCGGCGCAGCCGCCGCCCUGCGAGAUGCCGCCAGCCUGUGCGCCGCCGUCGCGGCCGGCAUCCUGCUCGCCGUCGGUCUCUGGAGCCUCUGCGACCUCGCCGCUUCGCGCUCCCGCCUGUCGCUGCAGAUGCCAUGUCUAACAAACCCCGUCCACGCCGUCGGCAGUGGUGGUAGUUAUGGCAGCAGCAGCAGCAGCAGCAGCGAUGCGCCAAAGGCGGUGGUGGAACAGUGUGCGCACGCCUCGUGCCUGGAGGGCGGCGGCGGCGGUAGCGACGGCGGCGGCGCGCUCAUCGAGACCGACGAGCUUCGGCAACGCCGCAACGCCCUGGCCCAGGUUCUCAUGGACGAAGCCGUCGACGGCUUCGUCGCUGAGCCGGGCUCUACUUUCACAUACUAUACAAAUAUAUCCCAAGCCGAUUGGGACACGUUAUCCCCCUCGCCGCACCCUUUCCUCCUCGUCAUCCAGCCCGUCCCCCACCCCGACGGCUCCGUCGCCGCCAAGACAACCCUCCUCCUGCCCCGGCAGCAAGCCGACCACGCCCGCGCGCUCCUACUACUAAUGCGGCCACCGCAUCCCUCCUCCUCGCUUGCUGUGCUCCCCUGGGUGCCCUACUGGGAUCCGUACACGACGCUGCGCCGCUCGCGGCUCUUUGCGCCGACGGACCCCCUCGCCGUCGACGCCGAGCGGCGGCCCGUGCUCAUGGCCGACCCCGCCACGCGCGCGCUCGUCAUCGAUGGCCUCGAGGACGCCGGCUUUCGGUAUAGGAGACUCGCGCCGACUGUUGGCCGGUUAAUGAAGGCCGCGGUGCCGUUUGGUGGCGGGGCAAGCGGCGAGGACGGCAGCAGUGGCAGAUGGCGUGGGGUGCGGCGAUCGGUCCAGUAUCGACGGGCCGCUCCGUGGUAA